GUAUUAUACGAUGGCAAACUAUCGAAUGCCAUUGUAUUCAUGUAUAAUCCAGUAGCAACCGAUGGUCAACUAUGUUUACAAUCAGCACCCAAAGGAAAUGUAUCAUAUUUUGUACAUACACCACAUGCACUUAUGUUACAAGAUGUUAAGGCUGUUGUUACACAUUCCAUACACUGUACAUUGAAUUCAAUUGGUGGCAUACAAGUUUUAUUUCCACUCUUCUCACAAUUGGAUAUGGCUCAUGAGGGUAUUAGCGAUAUAAAACGUGAUCCAACGUUAUGUUCCAAACUGUUAGGUUUCAUUUGUGAACUUGUUGAAACCUCACAAACCGUACAGCAGCAUAUGAUACAAAAUCGUGGUUUCUUAGUUAUAUCAUUUAUGCUGCAACGUUCGUCACGGGAACAUCUGACGCUCGAAGUAUUGGGAUCAUUCCUGAAUCUAACCAAAUACCUGGUUACAUGUCUAUCGGCCAACAGUGAUUUAUUGCUCAAACAGCUGUUGGACCAUGUCCUGUUUAAUCCAGCCUUAUGGAUUUAUACACCGGCCAAUGUCCAGGCCCGUUUAUAUUCAUAUCUGGCCACCGAAUUUCUAAGCGAUACACAGAUCUACAGCAAUGUCCGUCGUGUCAGCACUGUCCUCCAAACGGUGCAUACAUUGAAAUAUUAUUAUUGGGUUGUGAAUCCACGUGCUAAAAGUGGUAUUGUACCAAAGGGAUUGGAUGGUCCACGUCCAGCCCAAAAAGAUAUUUUAGCUAUACGUGCAUAUAUUUUAUUGUUUCUAAAACAAUUGAUUAUGAUAGGCCAAGGUGUCAAAGAAGAUGAAUUGCAAAGCAUUUUAAAUUAUUUGACAACCAUGCAUGAGGAUGAAAAUUUACAUGAUGUUUUACAAAUGUUAAUAUCAUUGAUGUCGGAGCAUCCAAGCUCUAUGGUACCUGCUUUUGAUGUUAAACAUGGUGUUAGAACUAUAUUUAAAUUAUUGGCUGCUGAGAGUCAGCUGAUACGCUUACAAGCACUGAAAUUAUUAGGAUUCUUUUUAUCAAGAAGUACAUACAAACGAAAAUAUGACGUUAUGUCGCCACACAAUUUAUAUACAUUAUUAGCGGAACGUUUACUUUUGUACGAGGAAUCAUUGUCGAUGCCAACAUAUAAUGUGCUAUAUGAAAUUAUGACCGAACAUAUAUCACAGCAUAUUAUGUACAAUAGACAUCCGGAACCGGAGAGUCACUAUCGCUUAGAGAAUCCAAUGAUGCUCAAAGUUGUUGCCACGCUAAUACGGCAAUCGAAACAAACCGAAUCCCUUAUCGAGGUGAAGAAACUCUUCCUCUCCGAUAUGACUCUGUUGUGCAAUAGCAAUCGGGAAAAUCGCCGAACAGUUUUGCAAAUGUCUGUGUGGCAGGAAUGGCUUAUUGCCAUGGCCUAUAUUCAUCCGAAAAAUACCGAAGAACAAAAAAUAUCCGAUAUGGUAUAUUCACUGUUCCGUAUGCUUCUGCACCAUGCAAUUAAAUAUGAAUAUGGUGGUUGGAGAGUGUGGGUUGACACUUUGGCCAUUGUCCAUUCUAAGGUGUCAUAUGAAGAAUUCAAACUGCAAUUUGCCCAAAUGUAUGAACAUUAUGAGCGUCAGAGAACAGAUCAGAUAACUGAUCCUGCAUUGAGGCAGGCCCGCCCUAUUAGCACCAUUAGUGGUUGGGAGCGAGAAGAAAUGCAACAGCAACAUGGUAGCGGUAAUGUGGUACAUAAUGCCACAUCGGUGGCCUCAUUGGAGGAUGUACCACCCGUGGAGGAGGAUGUGGAAGAAAUGGAUAUGGAAGAGGAGUCCACACAACCCGAUGAAGAGAUUGAAGAAACUGUGGAAGAAUCGAAGUGUGCUUGUACUAGUGAAGAAGCUGCAACCCCUGCCCCCGUGUGUGAAGAAAAGUCAACAGGGGUGGAUCAGGAAGAGGAGCAGACAAAGGAGGAGUUACCCAGCGAUUCAGCAGCUGCCAUUAAGUCAAGUAUAUCUAACAUAAGUGAUGUCUAUAAUGAACAUAUAAAAUCUGAGGUUUUGGUGGUCGCAUCUACCCAAUGUAAUGGUAAUGCCUCCUCCACCUCUACAAAUACCAGUGCUAAUAACACACCCGCCAAAACAGCCGCCACCACAACCAACACCACGGCAGCCAGUGGCCCUGAAGCCUUAAAGAAGACCCUCAACAUUGAUGACUUAGAAGAAUUGGAAUUGGAAAAUGCCAAGGCAGCAACCAGCGAGGAAGAUGCCGAAGCCCAUGUCCAAGAGGUUUUGAAAAACUCCGAAAAGGUCCUGCAAGAAUGUAAACUUGUGGCCGAUGAAAUGCAAGAGGCUUCAUCGGUUAUAAAGGACGAAGAAAUCGAAUUGGCUGUCAAUGAAGUUGUACAGGGUGUUUUGAACAAUGAAAAGAAACAACAAAUCAAAGAACCGUCCAUGGAAACAUCGACAAAGGCAGAAGCAGGAGAAGACGAAGAGAAAGUGAAAGAAGAGGAACAAAAUGUCGAGGACAAAGUAUCACUGCUCAAUACCAAGAAUUUGCUGAACAAUAAUGUAAGCGAAACGACGGAGGCAACAACACCAGCUACAAUUACCGAUAACAACAAUGUUAACAAUAACAAUAAUGCCGAGGCAAAUGCCGAGGCCCCGGCAAAGGAAAACGACACACCUAAUACCAUAGACAAUGCCAAUAAAGACGAUGACGAAAACGAAACUAAAAAGACUGAACAAAAAUCCGAAACUAAUCAAGAAAAUCUUUUAAAUAAUAAUGAACUAAAAACGGACACAGAAACAAAAACAACAGCAACAACACCAACAGAGGAAGCAUCCGAACAGCAGGCCGUUGAAGAAAAGAAAGAAGAGGAAAUCGCUUCGGUAAAACCCAAUGAUUUAGCCGAAUUGGAAGUUAGCUCUUCACUAUCCACGACCAUUACAACUGGUGAAACUUCGGAGGAGAUAUCCUCGCUUAGUCCUGACACCACAAUUUCAAGUCCCUCUAUAAUGGAUGAUGCCCCCAUGCUGAGUAUUAAUGAAGACACCACUGAAGAAACCAAAACUGAGGCUGCUGUUGUCAAAGAUAUUGUCGAUGAGUUGAUUGACAAGGUCAUUGAGAAAUCUGUCGAAGAAGAACAAGGCGAAGAUGAGGAUACCAACAACAAUGGUGUUGAAAACAAAGAAACAGAAACCGAAGAAUCUAUAAAUGAAGCGACUCAAGAAAUCAUCAAUGAUGUGGUACAAACUGUGGUGGAGGAAGCCAAUAAAGCUGAAACAAAAACUUCUGAAGAAGCUACAACCUCAACCACUCCCACACCUGAGGUACCCGAAAAAGAAAAUGUUGAAGCCAUUGUUCAAACUGUCGUCGAUGAUUUGGUCGAACAAACUGUCACCAGCAUUGUUGACAAUGCCACCAAUGAAGCUGAAACUGAAAUUAUUGAAGAAAUUUCGGAACAAGUUGCCGAGUUACAUUUGGAAGAUACGUCUCUAGUAGAACAGACCGAGGAAGAAACUCAAACAUCGGCAGCUGAAGAUUUAGAAGCUACAGUGACAUCACAGCAAUUAUUGCAGGAGAAGUUGGACGAUGUACGCAUCGAAGACGAUGAAUAUAUUGAAGAUGAAGACGGUGGCGUCAGUCAACAUGAACAGCAGACACAAACUCAACAGCCAGAGGAUGUGGUCAGCGAUACUGUUGAAGAUGCUCAGGAAAGCCAUCAUCAGCAAAGUGCUGGUACUCAAGUUGAAAAUCAACAUUUCGACAAUGCCAAACAACAACAACAACAGCAGCAACAACAACAACAACCGACAACACAUCCUCAACAACAACAACAGCAGCAGCAACAAUCCCAGCAACAGCAACAACGUUCCAAAUCCGGCUCAACUCGUCCCAUGUUUAGUCCCGGUCCAACACGACCACCCUUCCGCAUACCCGAAUUCAAAUGGUCCUACAUACAUCAACGUUUACUAUCGGAUGUUCUGUUCUCAUUGGAAACGGAUAUUCAAGUCUGGCGGUCACAUUCCACCAAAAGUGUUCUGGAUUUCGUCAAUUCCAGCGAGAAUGCCAUAUUCGUUGUGAACACCGUCCAUUUGAUAUCACAAUUGGCAGAUAAUUUGAUAAUUGCCUGCGGCGGUCUGCUGCCAUUGUUGGCCUCGGCCACAUCGCCCAAUUCUGAACUUGAUGUACUGGAACCCACCCAAGGUAUGCCACUGGAGGUGGCUGUAUCAUUUCUACAGCGACUUGUCAACAUGGCUGACGUGUUAAUUUUUGCAACAUCAUUAAAUUUCGGUGAAUUGGAAGCGGAGAAGAAUAUGUCCAGCGGUGGUAUAUUGCGACAAUGUUUGCGUCUCGUCUGUACGUGUGCGGUGCGAAAUUGUUUGGAAUGCAAGGAGCGUACACGGUAUAAUGUUGGUGCAAUGGCACGAGAUGUGCCCGGAGCAGCUCAUUUACAAGCGCUGAUACGUGGUGCACAGGCUUCGCCUAAGAACAUUGUCGAGUCAAUAACAGGUCAAUUAUCUCCUGUUAAGGAUCCUGAGAAAUUGCUACAAGACAUGGAUGUAAAUCGUUUAAGAGCUGUUAUCUAUCGAGAUGUG